AGUUCGUGAGCGGAGACUUUUGCACCGUGCGCUUCCAGCAGCAAACUCCGGGACUUGUGAGCGGCUACACACACUGCGAGACUUUCUGACAAAGCCACACACAGAUCUUUGCAGCUAAGAACAACACAUUGAGUUCUGGCAAUGGGCACCACCGUGAUGUCUGGUUAUAUACUUUUGGCAGCAACUGUGUUCCUGUCCUCCAGCGCUCUAGUUCUCAAAACAACGAAUGACGAAGUGGCAGUUGGGAGAACGACCAACGUUUCCCUCGAAUGUAUCAACAAUUAUCCCCUACCGGACAUUUCAGAGGUUAUGAUGGUGAGAAUAUUGAAAAAAGACCUUUCUGGAUGGACCACAAUUGCGGAACUUCGAGACGACGGAACCAAAGUAUCGCCAAAACAUAACGACCUGCUAGCUGAGGGCAAGAUCUCCCAAAGUUUCCUACGACUAACGUGGCCUGUGGCGACUAACGAUACCGUUGGCAGGUAUCGAUGUGACGCUAUCAGCCUGACCGCCCAGACGGGGGUGAGCUGGCAGAAGAGCCUGCCGACCUCCGUCUACCGGAAGAGGGAGGUCACUCUGCAGAUGUUGAGUCAGAUGGUGGAAGAGAACAAGGAGGAGUACCUCCAGCGACUGCGCUCUCAGAGACAGAGCAUCAUGGAGGACGUCACAGCCACUGCCGCGCACAACAAGAGGGACUGGCUGCUGCACACAGACCACAUUCUCCACAACGUGACGGCCAAGCUGGAAGCUCUCGAGGCAAGAGUUCAGAGCGAGUGGGACAGCCAGCUACAGGUGCUGAGCCACACAGUAGAGCAGAAGACGAGGCAAUGUCCUGACCAACCACUCUCGCAGAUACGUCAGACCCUAGAACACGUGGCGGCCAUCAUGGAUCAAGACAAACAAGAAUUUCUACAACAAAAAGAAGACAUCCUUGAAAAUGUGACGGCCACGGUUGAGCAGAGCAUAAGAGAAUUUCUGCAACAGAAAGAUGAUCUUCUUGAAAGUAUCUCAGCGACCUUUGAGAAGGACAGAAAAACUUUUCUACAACAAAAAGAAGACAUCCUUGAAAAUGUGACGGCCACGGUUGAGCAGAGCAUAAGAGAAUUUCUGCAACAGAAAGAUGAUCUUCUUGAAAGUAUCUCAGCGACCUUUGAGAAGGACAGAAAAACUUUUCUACAACAAAAAGAAGACAUUCUUGAAAGUGCCACAGCAACGCAGAGAGAACUUCAACAACAGAAAGAUAACAUGCUUGAAAGUAUCAAAGAGAUCUUUGAGGUGGAGAGGAAAACAUUUCUACAACAAAAAGAAGACAUUCUUGAAAGUGCCACAGCAACGCAGAGAAAAUGUCACCAGCAGAAAGAUGACAUCCUUGAGAACGUCACAGCGAAAGUCCGGGCCCUUGAAGCAACUUUCCAGACCGAGCUGAACGCUGUGAAGGACCAGAUAAAGCCCCGGUCGUGCUCUGACGUGCGGAGUAGGAAACCCCGACCUGUGGUCACUCUCAUUAACGGUAUGACUGUCGUCUGCGACACCAAGACUGACAACGGCGGGUGGAUUGUUAUACAGAGACGCACCUCGGCCGACGUGGACUUCCAUCGUGACUGGGCAGAAUAUAAGACUGGGUUUGGAGACCUUUCUGGAAACUUCUGGUUCGGUUUAGAGAAAAUCCACCAGCUGACAAAUAUGGAGCGAUACGAACUAAGGAUCGAUUUCGCGUUCCGAGGAAAAGACUACUAUGCCAACUACAGCAACUUUUCAGUGUCUGGAGAAUCUGAAAACUACAAACUUCACAUAUCCGGGUUUUCUGGUAAUGUAGAAGACGACAUGACAUAUCACAGCGGGCAAGCUUUCUCAACCAAGGGCCGAGACAACGAUUCAAGUUCAGGACACUGCGCCAGAUAUUCUAGUACCGGAGGUUGGUGGUACAAUAGGUGCUAUCGGGUGAACCUCAACGGAAAGUGGGGCCUUGGAUCGGUCAAGGGCAUGCGCUGGAGGAGUGUUACGGGACUUCAAAACUCUCUCACCUUCAGCGAAAUGAAAAUUCGACCAUUUGUUUAGUGAAAAAUUGACAAAUAAUUCUCAAUCUUUUAUUUUGUAUAUUAUUUUACUGUGUGCAGGAAUUUCCCCCCCCUGCUUAGUUACUUACUUUACUGUAUCCUUCCACUUUCAUCGUUUGAUGUCGAGGGGAGAGGCAAUUUUAGGUCAAGGGCUGGGUCCAUGACUUCUGUUGUAGAUUUGUUAUUCUUUCGCAGGACCUGUUUAACGUCAUCCAGCAAAGUUUUCCAUUGUCUGCCCCUCCUCUUAUAUUCUGCCUCUUUGGAGUUGUAUGAUAUAGCAGCUGGUUUAUUAGGCGACAUUUUUUCCCGAUGCCCGAAACACUUGGUUUUUUAUGUUUUGUAAUGUGUUCCAUGAAUGCUUGCCUUUCUGUAAAAUUUCGGAUAAUUCCAUACGUUUUACAGUAUUUUAUAGUUACGUUAACAAAUUUUCUGAGGUGUUAAUUCAUCUUACAGACAAUGAUAUUCCUUUCGUGCUCUGUCUGGCAUUAGUGAGUCAGUGUUGGAAGGAAUAAUCAGCUUUUGAUCAGUUGUAUUUCUAUUUUUGUUGCUAGGUGUUUGUUGGUGAGUAGUGGCGACUGUUGAUAGGUUACUGCAUCUUUUUGGGUCUUCAUUUCAAUUUCCCUGUCCAAUCUUUUGUCAUUUGUAAAUACGCUCCAUGGGUAUAUUAUUUUUUUGUAUAUUGAAUCCCCCAAUCUGUUUCAGUCCUGUACAGUCUGUGGUGAUGUUUAGUGGGUCUGGGGUUUCUGCUGUGUUACAUUUUUUUCUGUUUUAGCAAUGCCGAUUCUCAUCUGAUACUCUUUGUACUUUUCAUUCAGGCUAUUUGUGUGUUCAUGGGGUCUGUGUUUAACCCUAUCCGACACGCCAUGGGGUCAUUUUGUACCCCUGAGGGUUGUAUUCUUUACCUUUAAGAA